AUGGAUUACGACCGAUUGUUUCAGCGAGCAAACAGAGGAUUAAAUGGGUCAGGUGGAGGAGGUGGCGACAACCGGGGUAAUCGCGGAUACCAGGCAGUUAAUAACGACGAUUACUCCCCCACAAGACAAAUCGCAGACGGAUUUGCUGGUUUCAGUUUUCAAGGACGUAAUCAUGUUAACCCACCUCGAACUUCCGGGACUACGGUGGUUGGUUUUGCCAACAGCCAGCAAGCCCCUGUUGUACAAGUUACUAGCACUCCUCAAACAGCCUUUCAGGUGCCUUUCUCAACUCUUGGACCUGUUCCUACCGUCCAGCUGAUAACUUCCCCGGAUGUGCCAGGUCUGAACUUAUCACACAUUGAUACAGAAUGGGAACGUCGAGGUAGUAGAUGCUCAAACAAGAGUCACAACUCUAAAAGUUCCGGAAAAGCCAGCAAUCGGUUCCUUGGGGUCAAUACUCCUUCGGCAUGGACCAGAUGGUCAAGAGAACGCCGGGCUAGUUACCGAAGACGUAUAGAAAAACUAACUCGAGAAGAACCUACGCCCCCAACACCUACAGUGGUCAGAAUAUCCACGCCAAUCAAAAAAGCUAGACAGGAGGGGUUGAAGUUCAUGCACCCAGACCUGGAGGGAACGUAUCUAUCAGAGGACGAUCUCAACGAACUGCGGAGGCACAAGCAGCAACAGGUUCAUGUGAUGAGGGUUAUCGAAAGAAACCGACGAAACAAAUACAGGAGAGCGACAGAGGUGAAACUUAGCCCUGAACAGUGGCACAUGUUGCAAGAGUUCUGGGAUCAUGCCUUAUUUGUUCGAGCCCGCUAUGUGGGAGUCUUAGCCAGCUUGGUUGCUUUCAUUUUUAUGAUCGUCAGCAUUACCAGCCACUCUUGGGUCAAGCACA